GCGACGCCUGAGCGGAAAGCGGCGAGGCCGCGGCUGGGGGCGGCGGCGGGCCCGCGGGGGCGGCGGGGCGGCAGCGAGGCGCGGCGGGCCCGGCGGCGCGGGGCGGCCGCGGCGAGGGAGGAGCGGGGUCCUCGGCGGGCCCGGGUGAGGUCACUCUUUGUGGCUGCAGUUGGCAAGAUGGCGCCGGUGCUGGUGGAGAAGAAGCUGCUGGGGCCGGACGGGCCCGGCGGCGCCGAGCUGCCCAGCGAAGAAGAGGAAGGGCAGAACCUCUGGUCUUCAAUACUGAGUGAAGUUUCUACCCGGUCAAGAUCUAAAUUGCCGUCAGGCAAGAAUAUUCUAGUUUUUGGUGAUGAUGGUUCAGGUAAAACUACACUUAUGGCUAAAAUACAGGGAGCAGAGCAUGGCAAGAAAGGAAGAGGGUUGGAAUACUUGUAUCUGAAUAUUCAUGAUGAAGACAGAGAUGAUCAUACUCGCUGUAACGUUUGGAUUCUGGAUGGAGACUUGUACCAUAAAGGGCUAUUGAAGUUUGCAGUUUCUGCAGAAUCCCUGCAGGACACCGUUGUAGUCUUUGUUGCAGAUAUGUCUAGACCUUGGACUGUUAUGGAGUCUUUACAGAAAUGGGCCAGUGUCUUGCAAGAACAUAUUGAUAAGAUGAAAAUUCCUCCUGAAGAGAUGAGAGACAUGGAACAGAAGUUUAUGAAGGAGUUUCAAGAGUAUGUAGAACCUGAAGAAGGCUACCAAGGAUCACCACAGAGAAGAGGCCCUUCUUCUGGCCAAGAGGAUGAACAUGUUUCUUUGCCACUGGGAGAAAAUGUGUUGACUCACAACCUUGGUAUUCCCGUGCUCGUAGUUUGUACAAAAUGUGAUGCGGUGAGUGUACUAGAGAAGGAGCAUGAUUACAGAGAAGAACACUUCGACUUCAUUCAGUCACACAUUCGUAGAUUCUGCUUACAGUAUGGGGCUGCCUUGAUUUAUACAUCAGUUAAGGAGGAGAAGAACCUUGAUCUGUUGUAUAAGUACAUUGUACAUAAAACAUACGGUUUUCAGUUUACCACACCUGCCUUAGUGGUAGAAAAGGAUGCAGUUUUUAUACCUGCCGGUUGGGACAAUGAAAAGAAAAUUGCCAUUUUACAUGAAAACUUCACAACAGUGAAACCAGAAGAUGCAUAUGAGGACUUCAUUGUAAAACCUCCUGUAAGAAAGUUAGUCCAUGAUAAAGAGCUGGCAGCAGAAGAUGAACAAGUAUUUCUUAUGAAGCAGCAGUCAUUCCUUGCCAAACAGCCAGCAACGCCUACAAGAGCAUCAGAAUCUCCUGCAAGAGGCCCUGCAGGAUCCCCAAGAACUCAAGGCAGAGCUGGUCCUGCCAAUGUACCCAGUGCCUCCCCAAUAACAUCAGUUAAGAAACCAGAUCCAAAUAUUAAAAAUAAUGCUGCAAGUGAAGGUGUCUUGGCUAGUUUCUUUAACAGUCUCUUGAGCAAAAAGACUGGCUCUCCUGGGAGUCCUGGUGCUGGAGGAGUGCAAAGUACAGCCAAGAAAUCAGGACAAAAAACAGUUUUGACGAAUGUUCAAGAGGAAUUGGAUAGGAUGACUCGCAAGCCAGACCCUAUGGUAACAACAAACUCUCCUCCAACAGAGAAUGAAGCUUGAUAGCGCAUAAAAAAUGCAUAUGUAAAUGACCAAAUAACUAUGUAUAUUGAUCUGAUAAGACCAGGAAUUUUCUGCUAUGGCAGAUGCUAUCAGUUUUCUUGGGGCAGGGGAAAUGAGCUUACUACAUCAUUGCCUUGUCCCAGUAAGAAGUGCACAUUCAGGAAGUUUGCAUAUAAAAUCCCUCUGUAUAAGAUAACCAUUUAGAGUUUAUAUAGGGCAAUUCUUUUGGUUUUGGAGGUAAGCAGGUGCAGCUGCAUUUCCUGUUGUGAAGAACACAGAGAAGCAAAAUGGAGAAUUCUUACUGAAAUACUGCUACUGACUGCACACAAGGCAAGAAAGAGAAAUUAAAUCCUCUUUCAGAAUUACUGGAAUUGGCUACUUGUAUGUUUGCAAAUGCAUUAUAUUCUUGGACAGGUGGUGGUGGUGGUGGUGUAACAGAGCAUUAAUUAGGUGAAAGGAGCCUAGGAAGGGAAUGGAGCCCUGGAAAAGGAAACAGAAUUGGGACAGUGAGAAACAAGAAUGUUGGAUUGACUGGAGAGGAGCAAUGUUGUCAAAUCCUGUGUUUCACAUGGGGUAACUAAUCACUGUUUUAAAAAGACUACUUUACAUUGGAGAAUUCCAGGCCAAACACUAAGCAUCAUGGGAAUUUAUUCUUGUUAUAAAUCUUCUUUUAGUUUUUAAAAAACGUCUAAGAGUGUGGAUGCCCUUUCUGGUGUAGCUGACAAAGGGAGAAACUAUAACUUGUUUAGAUCCAAGUGCCUGGCACAGCGUGUGAUGUGUCUUUAGAAGGUGCUUGAAUUUACUGUGCACUGUAGUACAAACAGUCACUGUUUGGUUUUAUUUUAAAAUCAGUAGUUUGGCAAUUUGUAUUUAAUUUUAAAUCCUGUUUUCUGAUAGCUUCUGCCUUUUUUUUAUGCCAAGAGGCUAGCCUAUGAGGAAUGGUGGGUGACGUAUCAUUUUCCCAUAAUGAAAUGUGCUACAGAAGACUCAGUAUUUUUUUUCUUACUUUUUGUAACUAAAUAUUAGCUACGAAGCUAAAAUUGAUUCCUGCCUUACACCUAUGGAGGUUUUUAAAAAAGCUUUCAAGGCCCUAGUUCCAACCACAUCUGCUGCAGGUGCAGCCAACUCCAAUCCUGAAGGUAACCUAAAUAGUAUGAAUGUGUCCAUGAUGAACAUACUCAAUAACUUGUUUUUAUAUUUUCUUUAAUGUAGCAUUUCAUUUGGAAAGAUGGGUCGUGGUUGUGCCCGUUGGUUUAACGGAGCUCUGUCCAUGGUCACAUAAAACCAUCAUUCUGUAAAAACAAACAAAACUGCUAUGGUUACUGAAGUGGCACUUUGAUUUUAUAUACGGUAUGCUUGUUUUACAUGUACACACUACCAUAAAUUAAAAAUACCAAGCAUAUUCUGUGCUCUUAAUGUUGAAGGGAAAAACCACAAUUUGAAUUAUGCAGAGUUUACUUUUUAUUGAUAUGAACUUGUUGUACUAAAUCUGAUGUCUGGAUAUAACUUCCCUAAUAUAUAUUGUUAGUUAAAUAUACAGAAUUAGAUUGACCACUAACACAGUACUGGAUGUUAACUUCAAAUCCUAUGUUAAAUGAAGAGGGUGUUCUUUUAAGUCUGUCUAAACAUUAUCUAGAAAGCUAAGAGUAUUUACUUGCCUCUUUGACAAACAUUAACAUGAGUAUGUUAUUUGUGCCAGUUCUUUUGUUGAAAAUAUUAUAUUUUUCCUUUUUUUUUACUUUUUUUUUUUUUUUUUUUAAUAAAUGGUAUGACCUGAAGUUAUACAGUUGACUAGAUAACAGUUAGACUAAGACUGUGGAUGGCUGAUGGGUAAUGUGGAUGUACUUCCUGGUGAAAUGGGUGCCAGUUGCAAGUUACCACACCAGAAGAAGUAAUUACACACUGUCCUCCUGACACUGAGAAUUGAGAUUGGAAACUAAAAUAUCAAAAACUCGGCAGGAAAAUUGGAAAGGCAUGUGAUCAUAAUGGGAUAUAGUUUGAAAACCUCAGUCUGAAACUGCAUUUUUUUUUUGUCAUCUAACCUGAUAAGCACUUUCUCUAGCAAUAUGGCUAAAACUCAAAAUUGAAGUAUUUUCCAGUUCUAUUAAAAUGUUAAAUAUAAUAAAAUUGAUCGAAACUGAUAAUGUGUGAUAACUUGCCAGCUUUGCAGAAAGAUGCUUCUGACAAAACAGAAACAGAUUUCUGGUUUCUAAUUGCAAGUGAAUGCUCCUAGUUUAUUGAAAGAAAGUUGUAAGUAAUGUAGCAUACUGUGGUUGCCAAAGUCUGUCAACUUUGGUGAGCUGCACAGUUGUUAUUCUGGUGUCUUCAAGCAUUGGAACCAAAGGCCAAAUUGCAAACAGCCUUUACAUUUUCAAGUGAAACUUCAUUUUAUUUGCAGAUACACUUGUAUGGUAGACUGUUUAAACUAUUAUAUGACUAUAUUUAUAUGCAUUAUAGUGACUGCAUCUACUGUUCACGUUUAAACUAAGAAAACAAAAAAUGAAAGCAUUCAACUUGAAGCAAAUAGAAAAGUUUAAAGAUUGGCCCUCCAUAAAAAUGCUGUGGUUAUGCUGCUUGAUUUUAAGUUUGCACUUUUUUUAUUGGCAUUUAAAAAAAACUGUUUAAACUGAACAGAAUUUCGUAUUUUAUUUAAUUUAACUACGUUGAAAGUGACUGCUCUGUACAUCAUGAACUUAACAAUAUACUUGCUGUAAAUGAAAAUUCACUGUCCUGUAUACUAAGUUUAUUGGUUUUGUUUUGCUGUUUUUUUUUUUUUUUUUUUUUUUCCAACUUACAAUUAGGACUGCAAAUGUAUGAAACAAACCUUAGUCCAGUUGUAUGGCUUUAAUCAGGUGCAGUAUGCAGUCAUGUGGAAUCUUGCUUUCUAGUGCUGGCAAAAUGAGGACGUCUUUAACUACUGGCUUCAAUAAACACGAAUCCAGACUGCUUUA